UGAGGCGCGGUGAGACAGGUUCGAUUAACCAAGUGUAAAAGGAUACGUCAGAUCUAUCUCCGCCUAUCGCAGGCGCGCUUUCGCGGUGGACCACAGCUAAAGGCGGCAAUAGCUUGGGCCAACAGGUACUUCUAAGGUGACCAACAAUAACCCAGAGAGGGCACACGAGGGCCGCUUCGGUCGUCGCGAAACCUUUCAACAAGAACUUUAAGCCUAUGAACUCUUUAACUGUAUUCACAGAUACCAUUCUCGUUGCCAGUGGUUAGUGAGUUGGACCAGGCUGGCUACAAGGCUGAACUGCUAAGGGCGGCGACGCUACGGCAAGGCUUGGUGGUGCUCACGUGAUUUGGCAAAAUAGUACUCCCAUUGGCCCUGCCAGCGUGAAACUGCGAGGAAAUCUCACGAGCCAUUGAAUAUCGAUCUACACGACUUCCCCAUCAUCUUCUUUAGGACUUGAAUUCCUGAAAGCAGCUUGAGACUGCUGUCCACCUCCAGAAGGCUGACCAUGCCUCCUCGCCUCCGGCUGCGCUCCCUUGCGCAGCUGGCAGAGCUGCAGCUCCAACGAGCCGGCUACACUUACACCUGCGGCCGAUGCCAGUACGCGACAGCAACGGCCACGGCCACGACACCGGCACCUACAGACGCACAAAUACAUUCGUCGAUACCUCAAUUAUCUCGAUAUUCGCCUGUGCAACCUCCAUCACACCGAAGUCCCCUAUACCGAAAAUCACAGCUUCUCCGGUCCUACGUUUCCAUUCUCCAGACGACACCUCUGAUUGUCUUCUUCCAACAUAACAACCUCAAGGCCGCCGAGUGGGUGGGCAUCAGACGUGAACUGACCUCUGCUCUGCGCAAGGUCGACGAACAACUAUCCAAGCAAGGGGCACAGCCGCAAGAUCUGAUCGGAGAUUAUAUCAAGUUCGAGGUCAUCAAGACGAACAUUUUCGAACCCGCACUUCGUGUGGCCGAGUAUUUUAAGCCCGGGCAACAACAGCUGCCCCCUGAACCAAUUGGUGGACUGACGGCGAUCCCGUCGGAAAAAGAAGAUCCGUCGUUGAACCAUGCGCUUUCGGAAGCGGCAUACAGGAUUGCAAGCGAACAUAAGGGCGAGCAUCCUCUAACUCCCAUUCUUGAGGGCGCCGUUGCGAUCUUGACCCUCCCGGCCGUGUCGCCGGUGCACCUGAAAACCGCUUUCUCGAUCUUGAGCCCCCAGCCACCGCACUUUCCGGCUCCAACGCGCCGUGCGACUCCGUCAUAUUAUGAUCCGCCUGUCCAGGAUGGUCUGAAGAAGUUGUUGCUGCUUGGCGCCCGCAUCGAUGGCCAGGUGUUCGAUAUGGAAGGUACAAGAUGGGUGGGAAGCAUCGAUGGCGGCAUUGAUGGGCUGCGUGCUCAAUUGGUGGCUCUACUGCAAGGUUUUGGUAUUGGUCUUACCAGCACUCUGGAAAGCGCAAGUCGGAAUUUGUGGUUUACAAUGGAGAGUCGAAGAAACAUGCUCGAGGAGGAGGCCAAGCCCAAGGAAGAGGAGAAGGCGUAAGCGCUUGAUUUGGUUACUGGAUGCCCGAUACAAUGUCCGAUGCACAGCCAGCGUCCUGGUGUGGAUCGUCAACCAGAUACAGUCAAACAUGAGUGACCGUAACAUGUGUGAUAACAGAUUGCAUAUCUAUGAUAGGAAGACUGGUUAUCUGCGAUGAGAGGUCUUAAAUCUGUACACUCUAGCGGGGAUCGAGACCAGCAAAGUGAUAAGCAUGUACAACAGCAGACAUAUUUAUGUGACUGAAUAAGGUAUCAGUACCAUUCCAAGAGUGAACUCGACCAUAAGGAGAAACAGAGCCCACUCAUACAGCCCA